CGUCGCUGGGGGGCGCGCGCGCCCCGCUCGGCCUCAGCUUCGUCCUCCUCGUCCGUCGCUUCGGUCCCCGGCGGCUCCCCGGGCCGUGGCUCAGCGCGCAGAGCCCGCGCUCACGAUGUGGAGAUGGUGGGCCAGCUCGUGGGCAUCAUGGUGGUGUCGUGCAUCUGCUGGAGCCCGCUGCUGGUGUUAGUGGUGCUGGCCGUCGGGGGCUGGGGCUCCAGCUCCCUGCAGCGGCCGCUGUUUUUGGCUGUGCGCCUCGCCUCCUGGAACCAGAUCCUGGACCCCUGGGUGUACAUCCUGCUGCGCCAGGCGGUGCUGCGCCAACUGCUUCGCCUCCUGCCCCCGAGGGCCGGCGCCAAGGGCAGCCCUGCGGGGCUGCGCCUAACCAGGAGCGCCUGGGAGGCCAGCUCGCUGCGCAGCUCCAGGCACAGUAGCCUCAGCCACCUGUAGGCGAGCCAGGAGUCCCAGCGGCUAAGUCGGACCACCCCGGGCCGGGCCCAGGACCGCAGCGCGGAG